AUGUAUUUGAUACUGUGUUUCAGGUUGGCGGCAGCGCAGGAGGCGGCGGGCGCGCAGGCUCGCGCGGCGCCAGCUGAUACCAUGGGCGGCGCGCACCAGCCCGCUACUCCAGGGCCCAGCUCACUCUUUAUAUUUGCCAACGAAAAUCCUAUUCGGAGGUAUACAAAGUUCAUCAUCGAGUGGCCGCCCUUCGAGUACGCGGUGCUGCUUACCAUCAUCGCCAACUGCGUGGUGCUGGCGCUGGAGGAGCAUUUGCCCAACGGCGAUAAGACCAUCUUAGCACAGAAUCUGGAAAAGACCGAGGCGUACUUUUUAGGAAUAUUUUGUGUAGAAGCCUCGUUAAAAAUUCUAGCAUUAGGUUUUGUUUUACACAGGGGAUCGUAUCUUAGAAACAUUUGGAAUAUUAUGGAUUUUUUCGUUGUAGUAACUGGUAUCAUCACGCAGCUGCCGAUCGCGCCACACGACGUCGACUUCAGGACCUUGCGUGCCAUUAGGGUGCUGAGGCCCCUUAAAUUAGUAUCGGGCGUUCCUAGUCUGCAAGUCGUAUUGAAAUCCAUCAUAAAGGCAAUGGCGCCGCUGCUGCAGAUUGGCCUCUUGGUGCUUUUCGCGAUAGUCAUCUUUGCCAUCAUUGGCCUCGAGUUCUACUCGGGGGCGCUGCAUAAAACUUGUUAUAAUUUAGAAGAUAUUAAUGAAGUACUAAACGAAGGAGAUAGUCCAACGCCGUGCAACGCAGACAACAUAACCCUGGCGCCGUACGGCGCGAACGUGUGCGAGUAUGAAAAGAGCACGUGUUUAGAAAAGUGGGAAGGGCCGAACAGGGGCAUCACGUCAUUCGAUAACAUCGGAUUUGCUAUGCUCACCGUCUUCCAGUGUAUUACAAUGGAGGGCUGGACUGCCAUCCUCUAUUGGACGAAUGACGCACUAGGUAGUGCGUUCAACUGGGUUUACUUUGUGCCUCUCAUAGUAUUGGGUUCAUUCUUCAUGCUCAACUUAGUUCUCGGUGUCCUUAGCGGUGAAUUCGCUAAAGAAAGAGAGAAAGUAGAAAAUAGACAAGAAUUUCUUAAGUUAAGAAGACAAGCGCAACUAGAAAAAGAACUCAAUGGUUACGUUGAGUGGAUAUGUAAAGCUGAGGAAGUAAUAUUAGCAGAAGAAAGAACAACAGAAGAAGUAAAAACGCACAUCAUUGAAGCACGAAGAAGAGCCGCGUCCAAGAAGAAGUUAAAAAACCUUGGUAAAAGUAAAAGUACAGAUACAGAAGAGGAAGAACAAGACGAAGAUUGCGGAGAUGACGGUUUUUUAAAAAGUAAGUCGCGUUCGGUCGGCAAGUGUGCAGACUUCUGGAGAGCCGAGAAGAGGUUACGUUUCUGGAUCAGGCACACGGUGAAGACUCAGUGGUUCUACUGGUUCGUUAUUGUAUUGGUGCUCUUCAACACUAUUUGCGUUGCCGUAGAACAUUACCAUCAACCACCAUGGUUGACUUCUUUUUUAUACUAUGCAGAAUUUGUAUUCUUGGGAUUAUUUAUGAUGGAAAUGUGGGUGAAAAUGUACGCGUUAGGGCCAAGAAUCUACUUCGAAUCUUCAUUCAACCGCUUCGACUGUGUCGUCAUUUCUGGCUCCAUUUUUGAAGUCGUUUGGUCUGAGGUUAAAGGUGGCUCCUUUGGUCUAUCUGUCCUGAGAGCUCUAAGACUGCUACGGAUAUUCAAGGUUACAAAAUAUUGGGCAUCGCUUCGGAACCUGGUGAUAUCCCUUCUAAACUCAAUGAGAUCUAUUAUCUCACUUCUGUUUCUUCUCUUCCUGUUUAUUCUAAUCUUUGCACUGCUCGGUAUGCAACUCUUUGGAGGACAGUUCAACUUCGAGGAAGGCACCCCGCCCACCAAUUUCAAUACCUUUCCGAUUGCAUUGCUAACUGUCUUCCAGAUCCUAACAGGUGAAGAUUGGAACGAAGUGAUGUAUGCCGGUAUUCAAUCUCAGGGGGGCAUCCAAAAGGGCAUGAUCUACUCGCUCUACUUUGUCAUCCUUGUGUUAUUCGGAAACUACACACUGCUGAAUGUGUUUCUUGCCAUCGCUGUUGACAAUUUAGCUAACGCCCAGGAACUGACAGCAGCUGAAGAGGAACAAGUCGAAGAAGAUAAAGAAAAACAGCACCAAAAAAAGAAAGAAGAUGCCAAAAAAGAAGAUGAAGAAGAGAUACCUGAUGGACCAAAACCAAUGCUGCCAUAUUCGUCCAUGUUUAUUUUGUCACCUACUAAUCCAAUUAGGCGAGGCGCACACUGGGUUGUAAAUUUAAGAUAUUUUGAUUUUUUUAUCAUGGUGGUUAUAUGUAUGAGUUCUGCGGCAUUAGCGGCCGAAGACCCUGUAGUCGAGAAGAGUGACAGGAAUAAAAUCCUGAACUAUUUCGACUACGCGUUCACGGGCGUGUUCACCGUAGAGAUGUUGUUGAAGAUAGUAGAUCUGGGUAUCCUGUUCCACCCGGGUGCGUACCUCCGCGACCUGUGGAACAUCAUGGAUGCUGCAGUCGUUAUUUGCGCCCUCGUCAGCUUCGGAUUCGAAAUCGGAGGCGUAAAUAGAGGGGCGGGACAGAAUUUGUCCACAAUAAAAUCGUUAAGAGUGUUACGAGUGCUUAGACCAUUAAAAACUAUAAAACGAGUUCCAAAGUUAAAAGCAGUGUUUGACUGUGUUGUGAACUCUUUGAAAAACGUCAUUAACAUUCUCAUUGUGUACAUAUUGUUUCAAUUCAUAUUCGCCGUAAUAGCGGUUCAACUUUUUAAUGGUAAAUUUUUUUACUGCAACGAUAUCAGUAAGAAUACUUAUGAAGACUGCCAAGGGAUGUAUUUCGAGUACGAGCCGCACAGCCUACUGCCGCGUGUCGUUCAUCGCACGUGGACGACGCAAUCCUUCCAUUACGAUAACGUCGCUGUAGCCAUGCUCACGCUGUUUGCAGUACAGACCGGAGAGGGGUGGCCACAAGUAUUACAAAAUUCAAUGGCCGCCACUUACGAAGACAGGGGACCCAUACAAAAUUUUCGAAUAGAAAUGUCCAUAUUUUAUAUAGUUUACUUCGUGGUGUUUCCUUUCUUCUUUGUUAAUAUAUUCGUAGCUCUGAUAAUUAUCACAUUUCAAGAACAGGGUGAAGCUGAACUGCAGGAUGGUGAAAUUGAUAAAAAUCAGAAAUCAUGUAUAGACUUCACGAUAGAAGCACGACCUUUAGAGAGGUACAUGCCAAGCAGAAGGACGAGUCUUAAGUAUAGAGUGUGGAAAUUAGUGGUUUCCUCGCCGUUCGAGUAUUUCAUCAUGACACUGAUCGUCCUCAACACAUUGUUACUCAUGAUGAAGUACUAUAAUCAAAAUGACAUCUACGCGGAUGUCCUCAAGUAUUCGAAUAUGGGGUUUACUGGAAUGUUUUCUGUGGAAACGGUGUUGAAAAUCAUCGCUUACGGUGUCAAAUUUCACGAGGCUCCACUGGCACUCAUGGAUAUGUUAACAGUCAUGAACAUCGUCUUUACGAUGUUCUUCCUACUCGAGACAAUAUUGAAGCUGAUCGCCUUCGGGUGUACGAAUUUUUUCAAAGAUCCUUGGAAUACAUUCGAUUUCAUCACGGUCAUUGGAAGCAUCAUUGACGCCCUUAUUAUGGAGUUUGGCGAAAACACAUUCAACGUCGGUUUCCUCCGCCUGUUUCGAGCCGCGCGACUGAUCAAGCUGCUGCGACAGGGCUAUACUAUUCGGAUACUGCUCUGGACAUUUGUGCAGAGUUUCAAAGCCUUACCCUACGUGUGCCUUCUCAUCGCGAUGCUCUUCUUCAUCUAUGCCAUCAUCGGGAUGCAGGUGUUUGGCAAUAUAGCAUUAAUAGCAGAGUCUGACAUGAAUAGACACAACAAUUUUCGAAGCUUCAUUCAAGCACUCAUGCUACUCUUCAGAUGCGCUACGGGAGAGUCUUGGCCCAACAUCAUGUUGGCUUGUCGAAAACCUGCAAAGUGCGACGUGGAAGCAGGCAAGGCCCCUGAUGAACAUUGUGGAAGUACACUCGCCUACGCUUACUUCGUAUCUUUUAUAUUCUUCUGUUCAUUUCUGAUGUUAAAUUUGUUUGUUGCCGUUAUUAUGGAUAAUUUUGACUACCUAACGAGGGACUCGUCCAUCCUCGGAGCACAUCAUCUUGAUGAGUUUGUUAGAAUAUGGGCGGAAUACGACCCAAACGCCACGGGGAAGAUCCAUUAUACAGAAAUGUAUGACAUGUUGAAGAACAUGGAUCCGCCUCUGGGGUUUGGUAAUAAAUGUCCCAAUAGACUAGCGUAUAAGAAGCUUAUUAGAAUGAAUAUGCCGCUAGACGAGGAGGGGAAAGUUAAUUUUACGACAACACUAUUUGCCUUAAUAAGAGAAAAUUUGAACAUCAAAAUGAGAUCUGCUGAUGAAAUGGACCAAGCAGAUGAGGAACUAAGGGAAACGAUAACCCAUAUUUGGCCACUACAAGCAAAGAAGAUGCUCGAUUUGUUGGUACCACGUAAUGAUGUUCUCAAUGCUGGGAAACUGACCGUUGGAAAAAUAUAUGCUGGACUUUUAAUACUUGAGAGUUGGAGAGCUGCUCAGCAGGGUGUUCCGAAGGCGUCGUUCUUUAACUGCUUGAUGGACGUGGCGGCGGGACUUGGACCUGGUUCCCGUGCCGGCUCGCUCAGCCAUGAGGGACAACCAUCCACCGGUGGAGAUGGACAUUCUGAUGACCCACACACUCUAGCUAACCUUGCGAGACGCAACAACAGAAAGUCUCUCAAGAACAAUAAAAAGGUAUUGGAAGUGCCAGGAUCGCAACAUGCGUCAAUGGAGUCCUUGGACGACGGAAGAUUACAAGCACCUCACACAUACCAAAAUGGCCACCACGGCAGAUCUUCCAGCUUAAGUGUCAUCGAAGAAGAAUCCAUUGAUCUCAAAGUUAUCGUAGUGAACAAUGACGAACGCCAAGUCCAAGAAGAAGAGGCCAAUACGGAGGUUAUCAUCACGAUAUCGGGUUCUCCGACACCGUCAGCAACGUCGUCGAGAUAUCCGACGGGCUUUAGGGUAAACCGUGGUGGAAGGUACAUGAAGGUAUUCCUGACAGCAGGGAAGGAGUGGAGGGCGCCGCACCCCACGACCAGCCUGAGCCAGCCCUCGCGGUCGCCCAGCCCGCCACACCACACCUACGGUGGUGAUCGGGAUCGCGAACGAGACCGCGAAUGGCGGGAAUGGCGCGACCGGUCGUGGGAACGGGAAGGUGCCAGGAGGGGUCGCGGCCGGCAGCUGCCUCCGACGCCCACCAAGCCGUCCACGCUACAGGUCAAGCAGCAGCCACCCUUCACGAGAAUCAGCCACAGUCCCUCGCACUUGUCACUCAGGCACACCGUUAGAGAACCGGUGGAACCUCAACACGACGAGUACGAGUAUGGCCGAGAAGUUGAAAGACUGAUACACCGAGAUUAUAGAUCUAGGGAGAGACGCGAGCGAGGUUACGACGCAGAGUGGGGUGGCGGGCGAUCGUACGAGGCGCCGCUGUCGUACGAAGCGGCGCUGGCGCUAGGACGAGGCGGAGGCUCGCGGGCCCUGCCAUCGCCAGCGCCGGCGCCGCGCAUGCCAAACGGGUACAAGCCGCGCGCACGCCAUUCGGACUCGGACGAGGACGACUGGUGCUAG